AUGUCUUACCUUGCUCAGCCCUUAGUCGGUGCGACUGGGGAAGUCGGGCUAGAGCUUCCCCACCGCCCUCCGCGUACCUACAAUCCCUCCGUCUCCGCCGAGCCGCGCGAGCCCUCGGGACCAGCCUCAGAUUGUUUCCCCUCUCCCUGCGACCGCGCGCCUCCCGCGGACGUUGUCCCCCCGCUUCCUGGUCAGCUCCACCGCCACGAGUCCGCGCCGUCCGCGCUUUCCGCCUCCGCCUGGUCCGCUCCGCGCGGAUAUCUCCGCCGCGACGCCGCGGACUUGCGCUGGCAGCAACCCCGCUGGUGGAACGCGCUGACUGCGCUGACCGCGCGAAUCCGCUUAUCCGCUUUCGCGCGGGAUUUGGCGGAAGGGGAAGUGGAGGAAUCUGAGCAGGAGUUGGGUGCGGUGAAGAUGGGUGAACCGUGGGAUUGGCGGAAGGAAUUUGAGGAGGAGGAGCUAGCUUCGCAGCAAGUCGCGGGGGGAUCCGCGCUGCUGGGGCUCGGAUUAGGCGGACUUACUGGCGCAAUCGGCGGAACCGGCGGAAGCGGCGGAAGCGGCGGAGCUAGCGGCCCUCCCGGGCGGAGAAAGUCGUCGUGGCGGGACUUGGCGGAAGCUCUGGCGGAGGCGUCGCGGAAGGUGCAGGAGGAGGUGCGGGAGUUCCGCAGCAGAGGGGGGGCGGCGGGGGAUUUUUUCCGCGUGGGCAGCUGGCUCGCGCUCGCGGGGCCGGGCGGCGGAGAGACGGACGAAUGGGUGAAGCGCGUCGGGUGCCAGGCGGCAGUGGUGGCGGUGCUCAAGGCGGCCAUGGAGCUCAUUACUCGCUCCGUCACCACUGCACCCCCUGCUACAGCCGGUACAGCUGCUACAGCUGAUAAAGCAUCCAGUAGAGCGUCAGACGCGCAUGCAACAGCACCGGGGACUGCCCCUGCUACAGCCCACCUCACCCGCCGCAGGAGCAGCAGCAGCUACAGCAGCGGCGGCUGUAGCGAGGAAGAGGAGUGGGAGGCGGAGGAGGAGGUGGAGGGGGGGGGGAAGGAGGGGCGGGAGAUGGGGAGAGUGAGGGAGAGGGCGGCGGAGGAGGAAGGGCAGAGCAGGGCGGAGGGCGGGGAAACAGAGGGGCAGAGCAGGGCGGGCGGCAGUGGGGGCGGCAGAGGGACCUAUGUGGCCGGCAGAGGGGCGGAUGCGGGUGGCAGUGACGCGUCCACGUGGGUGCUAUUCAGCCUGGCGCGCUUAUGCGAGCCUCUAGAAAGCUUCAUGCGCUAUGAGUUGGCGCAGCAGAGGGAACUGCAGGGCAGGGAGCAGCAGGGUGGGGGGGAGGCGGAUGGAGGGGGCAUGGACGGGUGGUUCUGGGGGAGGGCGUAUCCAGGGGCGUUUGAGGCGCUGCUGACGAUGCUCACCGUGCUGCACCGAUAUGCUAUCACGGCCGCCAUCCAGGACGUGCAGCUAUCCGCAAAGGCCUCUGGGCUGGACGACGGGCUCCCCCACCCUCCUCAUGCCGCUCUCUCACCCACCGCCACGUCAGCAUCGCUGGCGCCACGUGGCACAUCGUCGUCUGCCCACGUGGCAGGUGCCGCCCGGCUGGCGGACAGUGACAUGGCGCUGUUCCUGCUGCUGUUCCAGAUCAUCGGCGCUGUGCGCUUCUUUGCCCCGCCCGAGGCUGUUGGCUGCGCCGCGUUCUCGGUUCUGCUGGAGGAUCAGGUGGGCGGUGGAGAGAGGAUUAAAGCAAGUCAAAGGGAGUUGGUGAGGGUUGCAGUGGCAGUCGAGUCAAGUCAAGGGGAGCAGCUGCGCCAUUUGUUCGACCACCUGUUAAGAGCAGCAGACAUAGAUGAUGUGUAUCGCCAUGCAGUGCGGGCGGGGCUGCGCACCGAGUUCCUCUCGCACUUCGGGCAGCGUGCGGGCGGGCACCUGAACUUUCGCGUGCUGCCCGGCGAGCGCCGCUUCUGGGUGCAGCUGGUGGAACGGCAGCUGCGGGCAGCGCUGGUCCGGGAGAAAAUUUUCGAGGAUUGGGGGGAAGCUGAGGGGGAGUGGGGGGCCGGAGGGGAGGGCGGAGGUGAGAGCUUGAAAGCUGAGCUGGCGGUUUUUGGCUUCUUUGUGGCUCUUGGGCGGGCGACACGGCUGUUCCUCCAAUCGGAAGGCGCCAGCGAGGCGGAUGAGGGGCUGGCGACAUUGCUGACUCACUUCGAGGGUGCAAUCAUAUUCACCUUCCCCCAGCUGGACAACAUAUCCAAGUACCAAGGGCUCGUGGAGGUGAGUUG